AUAAAAAAGAAAGUAAAAAUUCAAAUUGUCAAAUAUAACGCCUGUUCCGAUAGUACGUUGGCUUUUUCAAAUACAUAACCAAUAUGAAACAAAAUUAUUAAAGUAAACCAUGUCCUCAUAAAUACAGGAAAGCCGAAAUAAAAAUAUUUAAAAUCACAUAAUCUGAGAUGGCGGGUAAAGAUGACCCAGAGUACGACGAGUUCUGUGACCCCGAUAAUCCCCGCAAAGUCAAGUAUGAAGACAUAUUGGCCGCGUCGAAACGUAUUUUGGGCCAAAUCGUUCGAACACCAUGCCCGAGAUGCCACAUGUCCUCCAGACUUGGGAUGGACCUGUAUAUGAAGCAAGAAUUUUUACAACACACAGGAUGUUUCAAGGAGCGAGGAGUUCGUAACACUUUGUUGUUGCUAAGUGAAGAACAGAGGAAGAACGGCGUAAUAGCUGCCAGUACGGGCAACCACGCCAUCGCUCUGAGCUACCACGCCGCGCAGAUGGGCAUCCCGAGCGUGGUGGUGAUGCCCGUGCACGCCCCCAUCACCAAAAUGACUAAGGCGGAGAAAACGGGAGGGAAGGUCAUACUGCAAGGAAACAGCAUGGCGGAGAGCAAACUCUUUGCAAUGAGCAUGGCAAAGGAAAAGAAGAUGGUGUACGUUAACGGUUAUGAUCACCCGAACGUCAUAGAGGGUCAGGGUACCAUAGGUAUUGAAAUAGUGGAACAGGUGCCGGCGGUGGAUGCAGUGCUAGUGCCGUGCGGCGGCGGCAGUCUGCUGGCCGGCGUCGCCAUAGCUGUGAAACAUCUCAAACCUGAUGCCGAAGUCUAUGGAAUCGUUACAGACAGAACAUGCAGUAUGGUGGAAGCUCUGAAAAAAAAUGAACGCAUAUUUUUGCCACUAGAUACGACAAUAGCUGAUGGUUUAGCUGUGAACAAAGUCGGCGUGAACACUUUUUAUAAUUUGAAGUCGGGGAUCCUCGAUAAAAUGGUUGUAGUAAGAGAGGACUGGGUGGCUCGUGCUUUAAUGCACAUUACAGACGAAGAAAGAUGCGUUAUAGAAGGUGCUGCGGCUACCACUGUAGCGUCUAUCAUGGCUGGCCUGUUCCCGAACCUUAAAGGAAAAAAGGUGGUUUGUGUCUUCUCUGGGGGUAAUAUUGACACGACUACAUUAACACGAGCUCUUGAACGAGGCCUGGUGGCGGAAGGUCGGAUGGUGAAGUUCAAAGUGACCGUGUCUGACCGGCCCGGCGGCAUGUCGGACCUGUGCACGCUGAUGGCUAACGUGGGCGUCACCAUGAGGGACUGCGUGCCAGAGCGGGCAUGGAUCCGGGGAGACGUCUUCAGUUGCCAAUUAAAAGUCAUUGUUGAAACUAAAGGAUGGGACCAUACCAAAACGUUGGUUGAGCAGAUAAAGAAGCAUUACAAAGACUACUUCUUCCAAGACAUAAACGAACAUGUGGAUUCGAAUUCGGGCGCUAAGCGCGGGCCCUGCCUCGCGCCGAACCCCGUCUGCAUGCAGAAGUAGACCCAUCUCACUGUAUCUUCAUCGGAAACCGUUUAGUAACAUAACUUGUAAACAUUUGUCAAUAAAAUAAAUACUUCUUACAGAAUGGCACAAUAUGAA